CAUAAAUUACACUGAUAUUUUUUUCCAAUGUUUACAAUUUUAUGUUAAUUAUUUUUGUAGGGGGCGUUGAGAAUUGUUCAUUAUUACGUUAACUUAUCUGGUACACAUAAAGUCUGAUUUUAUAAAAGCUUUUCGGAGACACAAUGCGGAUCCUCGCUUUGAUUUUGGGCGUGAAAGCAGCAUCCAUCCUGCUGGUGUCCUCGCUCCCUGGCACAGGGGCGGUCAACAAUAGCGGCCGAUGGUGGGGCAUCGUAAACGUGGCUUCCUCCGCCAAUCUCCUUACCAAUUCAAAGAGCGUGCAGCUGGUCUUGGACCCGAGCCUGGCGCUGUUGAGCCGCCGUCAGCGGCGCCUCAUUCGGCAGAACCCCGGCAUUCUGCAUGCCAUCGCGGCCGGCUUGCACUCGGCCAUAAAGGAGUGCAAGUGGCAGUUCCGCAACCGCCGCUGGAACUGCCCGACCACCCACAGUCCCACAAUCUUCGGCAAAAUUGUCAACCGCGGUUGCAGGGAAACUGCAUUUGUGUUUGCCAUUACAAGUGCGGGGGUCACUCAUGCGGUAGCCCGUUCCUGCUCUGAGGGGGCUAUUGAAUCCUGCACCUGUGAUUAUCGGCGCCGAGGCCCUGGUGGGCCAGACUGGCACUGGGGCGGCUGUAGCGACAAUGUGGACUUUGGCAGGCUGUUCAGCCGCGAGUUCGUGGACUCCAGUGAGAGGGGUAGAGACCUCCGCUACCUCACAAAUCUGCACAACAAUGAAGCGGGGAGAAUGACCGUGUCCUCAGAGAUGCAGCAGGAGUGUAAAUGCCACGGCAUGUCAGGGUCCUGCACCGUGAGGACCUGCUGGAUGAGGCUUCCCAGCUUCAGGGCGGUGGGAGACUUCCUGAAGGACCGCUUCGACGGAGCCUCGCGGGUGGUCUAUGCCAAUAAGGGCAGCAACCGGGCAUCACACCGGGCCGACCCACGGCACCUGCAGCCCGAGAACCCGGCCCACAAACCACCCUCCGUUCGUGAUCUGGUGUACUUCGAGAAGUCCCCUAACUUCUGCUCGUACAACGGCAAGAUGGGGACAAUGGGCACGUCUGGGCGCAGCUGCAACAGCUCAUCACCCGCACUGGAUGGGUGCGAGCUGCUCUGCUGUGGGCGGGGCUACAGGACACGGACCGAGAGGGUGACGGAAAGGUGCCACUGCACCUUCCAUUGGUGCUGCCAUGUCAGCUGCCUGAACUGCACCAGUACGCGCACACUGCACCAGUGUCUCUAAGUGGGGCUGGGAGACGUGCUGUGUGGCUCAGGGAGGGCAGAUCCGGGGCAGAGGGGACUGGGGAGGUAGGGCAGGUUGGUGUGGAGAACGACAGAGCUUUAAAGGAAGGAGCGAUGGAAUGAGGAGGGUAGCGAAGGAGGAAGUGUAAGGGGAGGAGAACAGGAAAGCAGGUGUGCAGGG